AUGGUUGUUGCAGUGAACUGGACCUCUGGGGCUCGUUUCUGCCGAAACUCAGCUAUGCUCUAUUGAUUACUUGUCUUGGAAGGAGUUGCCAUCUGGAUGAUUAGUCCACAACCAUUUUUUUUUUUUAAUGCUUUCUGCGUUGCCCUUCUUCCCCUGACUGGAUGGAUGGUUGGGGAAAUUCAAACCAGGACUUUCUUCGUUCCUUUCAGCAUCAUGCUGCACUCCAACCUUUGCAUCCCAAAUGUUCUGCGGAGCGUCCUGAACACCCACCAACAUGCCCAUAGCCUUUGCUUCAGCCAGAGGAACAAAUCUGACCUGACAGUGCUGUAG